GCGAUUGGCCGGAGCGAGGGAGGGAGCGGGGCCGCGCCGGGCCCCGGCGUGUCGCAGCCAAAGCGUCCCGGCCGGCCCCCGCCGCCCCCGCGCAGCGCGUUCCGCCCGCAGCGGGGAGCCGAGCUCGGCGGGCCGCGGGCUGCCGCCGCCGCUGCCAUGCGGAGGGGAGGCGGCGGCAGCAGCGGGAGGGGGUGACUCCUCGGCCUUGCCCCCCCUCCAUGAGACUGUGGCUGGCCUGGCUGUGCUGCUACACCCUGUUCCUGUGGGCGCUGAGGAGGACGAUGUGGUCUGGCCCUGCCAGGUACCUGAGGAGCCCUUUAUCCAGGUCCCUGUACGCCAACGUGAUGGGCAGCCACGGGCAGCCUGCCCCGGGCGCCAGGGAGAGCCACCAGUGGUAUGUCUGCAACACAGAACAGUUGUCUGAAUCCCUUCAGCCUAUUUUUGUCCAGAGUUACCUUGACCAAGGAACACAGAUCUUCUUAAACAACAGCAUUGAAAAAUCAGGCUGGCUGUUUAUCCAGCUCUAUCACUCUUUUGUGUCCUCAAUUUUUAGCCUCUUUAUGUCUAGAACAUCUAUCAAUGGGCUGCUGGGAAGGGGCUCAAUGUUUGUGUUUUCCCCAGAACAAUUUCAAAGACUGCUUAAAAUAAAUCCAGAAUGGAAAUCCCACAGACUUCUCGAUUUAGGGGCUGGGGAUGGAGAGGUUACUAAAAUCAUGAGUCCUCACUUUGAAGAAAUCUAUGCCACAGAGUUGUCUGAAACUAUGAUAUGGCAGCUUCAGAAGAAGAAAUACAGGGUGCUUGGUAUAAACGAAUGGCAGAACACAGGAUUUCAGUAUGAUGUUAUCAGCUGUUUGAAUUUGCUGGAUCGUUGUGAUCAGCCACUGACUGUAUUAAAAGAUAUUAGGAGUGUACUGGAGCCAACUAGAGGCAGAGUCAUUCUAGCAUUAGUUCUGCCAUUUCACCCGUAUGUGGAAAAUGUAGGUGGCAAGUGGGAAAAGCCCUCAGAAGUUUUGGAAAUCAAAGGGCAUACUUGGGAAGAACAGGUUAAUAGCCUGCCAGAAGUUUUCAGUAAAGCUGGUUUUGCCAUAGAGGCUUUCACCAGACUGCCAUACCUAUGUGAAGGUGAUAUGUAUAAUGACUACUAUGUACUAGAUGAUGCUGUCUUUGUCCUGAAGCCAGUGUAAGUGUAUAUGAAGUAAAUCUCCAGAAUCAGUCCCAAGAAGCAGCCUCUGAAAGAGAGUUUUGAUUUAUGGUUACGUAAAGGGAGGGAAUUUGGGGGUAUUGCUGUGCUAAAUAAAUGCCAUGUAAGAAUUUUAAAGGCCAAAAUACUAAUGUAUUUCUUUGUAGUAUUUAGGGAAAAAAAAAAAAAAAAGGUUUUGUUUUAUUAAACAGAUUCUUCAGUUGAGAAUCUUUUUUUUUUUUUUUAACCAGCUCUUAAACCAACAAUGUAUUCUGCAGUCUAGCAGUAAUGGGGGAUACUUUUUUUUACACUUACCUGCAACAGGGAUCAGAUCCAAACAAAAGCAAUAGUCCUGAUAAUGAGGAAACUGAUACAAUGUGAAUUGUUAAAUCAACUGAAAUCUGGCAAUAAUGUUAUCCAUUCAGUUCAAACCUUGUUGAUUAUAAACUGUUGAAAUGGAUAUUCUUCCAUGCUAAGUUACUUUCUCUUACUGUCAUUCUUCAUGUUUUUAUUCAUGCUAAUAAACUUUUUUGAGAUGA